GGAGUGUUAAUAGCGCCCGCUCCCACAAACACUCGCUACUCGCUCUCUCUUCACCGGCUGCCUGCUCGCCUUUAGGCUACUGUAUUUGACAUUGACAGUAUCCAGGGAGUCAGCCCAAAUCGUCAAAACAACAACUGUAAUUUCCCAUUGGCUUCCAGUUCUUUGUAGAGUAGCUGCAACUGUUGGUGAAGAGAGUGAAGACAACAGACUGGUUUACUCCCAGUUUAGUGACAAUUUUAUUUUAUUUUUUUGCAUCAUGGCUAAGAUGUUUCUGACGAGAAAAUCAAGAUUUCCUUCUGCAUGGAUGUAAUGCUUUUAGACCACAUACCUCUCUACUGAGCAUCUCUACAGACACAAACCAGCCAUGAAGUCGACUUUGCAAAGGAUAGCAGGCACCACAAUGAGUACAUUAACAACAGGUGUCCAGUAUCUUGGCUCAAACGACGCCAGCUACAACGACGCCUCCAUUGACUCGAGUCUAAUCAAGAACCGAUUCCACUUUGAGAAGCCUCACUCUGCCUCGAUUAGUAACUCUUUUCCCGGACUCGUCCCUGGAAAUAAGGAGGUCAUUUACAGUGGCCUCUCUCCCAUUUUCCCCACAAAUGUAACAGACUUUCUGCUGAGCAAUGGCACCUCUCUCAGCGGAGGGGUGGCACAGUGUGGGGAGGACUUUGUGGACAACAUGGAGUGUUUUAUGAUUCUGACACCCAGUCAGCAGCUCGCAGUCGCCAUCCUGGCACUCACCCUGGGGACAUUUACAGUGCUGGAAAACCUCAUGGUGCUGUGUGUGAUCCUACACUCCCAGACGCUUCGAUCUCGGCCUUCCUAUCACUUCAUAGGCAGCCUGGCUGUGGCUGAUCUGAUAGGCAGCAUAAUCUUUGUCUACAGCUUCCUGGAUUUCCACGUCCUCCACAGGAAGGACAGCCCCAAUAUUUUCCUUUUCAAGCUGGCCGGGGUCAUCGCCUCCUUCACCGCCUCUGUUGGCAGUCUGUUUCUCACUGCGAUUGACCGCUACAUCUCCAUCCACAGGCCCAUGUCAUACAAACGCAUCGUCACAAAGACUAAAGCAGUUAUUGCCUUCAGUGUGAUGUGGGCCAUCUCUAUCGUCUUCUCACUGCUGCCGCUGCUGGGGUGGAACUGCAAGCGUCUCAACUCUGUCUGCUCGGAUAUUUUCCCUCUAAUCGACCAGAAGUACUUGAUGCUCUGGAUCGGGAUGACAACUAUCUUGGUCCUGUUCAUCAUCUACGCCUACAUGUUCAUCCUCUGGAAGUCCCACCACCAUGCUGUCCGCAUGCUGAGCCGCAGCUCCCAGAGGAGUGUGAUUGUCUACACCGCAGAGGGGACCAAAGUGCAGACGGUGAGGCCCGAGCAGGCCCGGAUGGACCUCCGUCUGGCUAAAACCCUGGUUCUGAUCCUGGUGGCCCUUAUCAUCUGCUGGGGCCCACUUCUAGCUAUCAUGGUUUACGACCUCUUUGGGAAGGUGAACGACUUCAUCAAGACUGUGUUUGCCUUUUGCAGCAUGCUCACCCUGCUCAACUCCACCGUGAACCCUGUGAUCUACGCCAUGAGGAGCAAAGACCUGCGCAGGGCCUUCCUCAACAUCUGCCAUAUGUGCCAGGGAACGACGCAGUCUCUGGACAACAGCGCAGAGAGUGACUGGAACAGCAGGAGUGUGAGAGGCACAGCAGGUGGGGUGGGGAAAGAUGGCGCCGGUUGUGUAAAGACUCGAGUAAAAGUAGCCCAGGUUACCGUUUCUGGAGUGACUGAGACUUCUACUGCAGAGCCAGUCUAAGAAAAAAAGCUCCCCUGCUCUGGUAUAACUGUAAAGUUAUUGUAGAAUAGCCCCUACCCUCCUAGUGCACUGCAGGUUUCUGUUACUGUGAAAUGUGCCAAAAAAUGACUUAGAUACAGAACUGAAGAGUUUUUGUUGCUUUUAAGCUGAAAUCUGUAAUAUUUAUAUAUUAUUAUACCCAACUGUGUGGUAUAGUGUAGUCUCGCAUUUCCAGACCUUCCUCCACAGCGCUGCGGAGGAAGGUCUGCCGAGUCCGCACACAGCAUUCUGGGAUGGGAAAAAAACAUGCUCUGGUUUAUUGGCAUUUCUCUAAACCAAUCACAAUCGGCGCUAAGCGCCAUAAGCAGGUACGGUGUUGUGUCUCUGCAAAAUAGCCUUGGGAAGGAACUUGUUUUGGUGGAAUGUGCAUGAAGGGAGGCGAGCUCUGGAUGUGUGAUGAGAAUUUUACUCAUAAAAAGAUAAAUAUAGUUAGAUUUUCAGUUCUAGCUUGGAGGAGGUUCCUGAAUCGACCGGAGUUUAGAAUGCCAACACAAAGAAAGCGGAAGGUGAGGGACAUCCGGCAGAAAAUGAGGGAGCCUGAACCUCCGGCGGCACCGGAAAACAAUCCCGUAAAUGAAACGUUGUCGAUAUAGACUAGGUGCAGUGUGACAAGACUCUACUGUGCAUUAUAUCUUUACUUUGUUUCAGAGAAAUAGUUUGUUAUGUUGCACAAGUCUGAUUGACAAUGCCAAUUUGAUCUUAUUUCAUUCAGUAAAAAAUACCAUAUAGUCGUACCAGUUUUUUCUGCAACAACAGUUACAAGCACAACACUCUGAUCUGUCACCUUUGUGGUUUGAAUGGGCAUAAAGUUACAGAUGUCAGCUUUAAGUUAGAAAAUAUGGCACUUCCUUUCUUUUUCACAUCAUAGCAAUAUUGUGGCAGUAAUGCAAGGUGAAAAUGUGUCUACCGUCAUGUAAAAUGUCAGUUUCCAACAACAGCACACUGCUUGUAAGUAAAAUCAGCAUCCCAUUAGUGAUUUGAAAUGAGCUACUGAUGCUUUUGUAAGACCAUGAUAUUGUAAGAUUUGGCAUUUUUAUGUUAUUUUACUUUAUUUCUUUUUUUUAAAACUUGUACUUUGCAAAGCAAAAUGAUGAGGCAACUUUGAAUAUGAACAGCUUUUGGAACUUCAGUCUGUAGUGAUUUGGGAAUGUUAUAUUGCUGCUUAUUACAUAUGUGCUUAUAAACCAGUUACAGAAUUUUGUGAGAAGCUACACUUUGGUAUUUAUGUGAAGCAUCCAUUGUGCCAGUGUCUCAUAACAGUGUGUAUAAGCAAGGACAUGCAUUCAAUAAAUCUAUGAAAUGUGUUCAUUUUCAUCAUACUUUUGUCAACAUAUCUGGUGUCUUUUUUCUCUAUAAAACAAUAAAAUCAGCAAACCCUCA